GUUAUUGCUAAAUGGAGGAACACACUGGUAGAGGAAGAUGUGAGCAUACGAUUACAUAGCCAUCACUGACAGGCAUGUCACACUCGGAGAUCUGAUCUCGGCGGCAUACACACAGGUGGCAUGCUCCUACAAUAUCUGCAAUGUCUGGUAUUCGAUGGAAAGAACUAUGAGAGAAGCUGGAGGAAGGCCUUUAGUAAUUGCUUUUAUAUCUUAUAGAUGUCCACACUGCAGAAGGUUUUUGCCCAUUCUCGAAGCACUAUGUCAAGAGAUGCCUGAUGUCAUCUUCAAGAAAGUGGAUGUUAACGCUUCAGAAGAGCUGAGGGAUGAAUAUGGAAUUGAGAGUGUACCAGAUACUUACCUGUUCAAAAAUGGUAUUUUGAGCAAUCGAAUAGCUGGGGCCGACAAAGAGUCACUGCUGAAUAGUCUCCAGUUUCUGAGAAACUAGAAUUGACCAUCUUCCAUCAGCUGCCAUUUAGUUUAGGCUGUUUAACCAUCAUCUAAGUAACCUGACUUUACUAUGUUUACAUCCGCCACCAUAGGCAAUGUCAAUUAAACAUGUUAUGAAAU